AUGUUAAAUCUAAUAUUUCAUAUGAUCUUCACUUCAGUAAUUAUAUGUCCUUCAAAUAGCUUAAAAGUAAAUUUAGAAGGUACUUUAUCUUUGGGUAAAGGAGUGAUGAGUUCUCUAUCAGAAUUAUUUGGAAAACCUUACCCAAACGGUCGAAGAUUCAUGGGACCUAUUGCUGAUGAAGACUCUAUAACAGACAUUGUUAGAACUGCUACGUUAUGUCGUGAUCUUGACUUUUGCUUAUCAUCAAGAAAAUUUAUCGAUGAAUUUAUCAUCGUCUUAUCAAAAUCUAUGGAAACUAUCCUAAGCAACAGCUUAAAAGACAGAUUUAAAAUAUUUAUGUUUGAAGAACAUUUAAAACACUAUUUAGUAGUCAUUAGAUAUAUCCUUGAAGAAACUAACAUUGAAAUAACUGAGAAAAAAGAAACUUAUUAUUGGAUGAGCACGAUUAAAAAAAUUUGCGCAAAAUUUCAAGAAAUGUCCUCCGUAGUCUUAUCAGAAGAUUUACAAAUCGAUCCAAUAGAAAUAAAGAAGAUUAAAAGAGCAUUGAAUCACAAAAUAAUUAUUGCGAUUGCAAUGGUUGAACUAGAAUAUAAUAGAAAGCUAUGUAUUGAGCAUAAAUUUUGUAUUACGUCUUAUAAAAUUACCAAAUCCUUAAAAAAUCUGCUAGAAGUGCUCAAAGAUAUGCCGGACGAGAAAGUCUUCAAAGAUAUUGGUAAGGAAUUGUGGGUUGCACCUGAAGAUUUAUUUAUAAAGUUGAUGAAUGAAGUUGAAGUGUUUCUGGAGCUAACUAUAGAUCCUCAAGAAUUAAUG